UGAAACCAUUUCUUUAAUUAACAAUUUGCGUGAUUAAUAAGGAACACAAUUAACUAUUGGUAAACAAUGAUUUGCAUCAUUGAUUGUCUCUGAUUCAAGAAAUUGAGAGACGACAAUUAACAAACGAAAGGAGAGAGAAAAAGUGAGAGUGAGAUAGAAAUGAAAAAUUAAACAAUUGAAUCAAAUUUAAUUGUGAUGUUAGUUGGAGACAAUCGAAGUGAAUUUUAUCGUGUUGACCAUUUUUCUAUCUGAUUAAAUCAAAGAUCAAAUAGUAAAAGAUGAGCUUAAUUGUUACAUCGUUUGUUUUAAUCUUGAUUAUCGCUCAGUGUUGGAUUAUUAAGGUGGCAGAAUCAGUUAAUUGUGAUGCUAUUGCCGAGGAAUCAGAUCGAUGUGGCCUUAAAUUAGCAUUCAUCGGUGAUCGAGAUGUUCUGAUUCCAGGAAAUAAUACACAAAUGGAAAUCCAUUGCAGAACAAUGUACGACAAUUAUCAUUGUUUACGAAAUUACGUGAGAAAUUGUAUGAAAACUGUGGCCAAAAGUUUGUUCGUUUCGUUUCUUUACGACGUUAAACGCGAUUUGAAGCAACGAUGUUCAAAAACCGGAAGAGAAGCCUUCGUCAAUCAUAUAGCUUGUCUUAGGAAUGCAUCAGCUGAUGAUCUUGAGUCAAUCCAUCAAUGUAAAGAUAAUUAUGUUAUACAAUUAGAGUGGAUUAUGGAUAAUGUUAGAUCGGAGGAUCAGAUAAUCGCAGGUUGUUGUGCUUACGCCCAAACUCAGGAUUGUCUUAAUCAGAAAACGGCGACAAUUUGUUCACCAUCGGAAGAUACUAUGGAUUAUCUCAACAAAAUGGUCCAUUCAACUACAACACAAGCAAUUAAUUAUGCUUGCACUAGAUUCAGAAAUGUAUCACAAUGUAGACAAGAUUUAGAUGAAGUCACAUGGAGAAAAUUAUAUGAAACCGGAAUCGGAAAUGAUAAACCAGAUCACCAUUACAAGAGCUCAGUUAUGGUCACGAUGGCUCUUCUAUCAUCUAAACAAUCACCAAAACAAUCAGCAUAACAAUUAGAAAACUGAUUCUGUAACAAUUAAACUAAAUAAAUAAAAUUGAUUUUGAUAAAAUAAUGAAAAAAUGGUAAUGAAGAUCAAUUGAUUAUCUUAAUUUAGAUCUCAAGAAUGAUGAAUUAAUUGGAUCAAUUUGAAAACUUGUAAUACCUUUGUAAAUAUUAUAUCCAGACAAUCAAUUGAUUGUUUGAGUGUGUCUAUUAAUAAAUUAGUUUCCAUUGUAAUAAUAUAAUCAUCAAUACA